AUCUGGUGGGGAUAGAAAGGAAAGAGGUACGCUUAUAUAGUUAUCAUCAGUGGUAAUUACCUUGUUGACUACAAAUAGUUACAAGUUACAAGCCAUAAAAAUGAUUGAUUAUUUGAUUUAAUAAUAGUGGCUUGAAUGCAUUCACAGAUCACUAUACUAAUGGAGAGACUGACUUUAACAAUAUGGUUGGAUGAACUGUGUGACGCAACUGAUUGUUUCGCUGUCGACAAUGCCAUUGGGGUAGGAAAGAUGGGAAUGAUGUACCAAGGAUUUCUUCCUAAUGGUCAGUUACUGGCUAUUAAGAGAAUAUUUGACUCUCGGCUAUUUAAAAGGCAGUUCCUUUUGGAAACAACGAUUUUGUGUAAGUACAGACAAAAAAAUAUAGUUCCCCUGCUUGGGUUCUGCAUUAAAGGAAAGGAACAGGUUUUAGCAUAUGCAUACAUGUCAAAUGGAAGGCUUUCCAAAUGGUUGCAUCCUUCGGAAAGUGAAGUCAUAAGAUUGAAAUGGCAUCAAAGGGUCAACAUUGCACUUGGAAUAGCAAGAGGGUUAUCAUGGCUGCAUCAUAGCUGUGAUUUGGGCAUAGUGCAUUUUAAUAUAUGUUCAGAAUGCAUAUUGCUAGAUGAGAAUUUUGAACCCAAAAUAUCCAAUUUUGGAGAGGCCAAAUUUAUGAAUCCCAACAUUGAAGAUCAUCUUGGCAUGAUGUUUAAGGUGGACGACGGGAAGAAGGAUGUCUACGACUUUGGAAGUGUGCUUUUUGAAUUGAUGACAGGGAAAACAUAUAAUGAAUUGUCGCGUUCAUCUGACACUACUAAUCUAUGUGGUAACCCUUUGAGUUUUUAUAACGUCAUUGAUAAAUCUUUGACCGGGGAAGGACUUGAAAAUGAAGUUUGUACUCUCAUUAAGAUUGCCUGUGAGUGUGUUCACCCUUUUCCAGACCAAAGGCCAACAAUGCUUGAAGUUUACAACAAUAUGAGCAAUGUAAGGAAGGGACAAAAUAGCUCUGUUAAUAAUUCUGACAGAUUAAGGGGAUUAGAAUAUGCUACUUCAAUUACUAUAGACGAAAUUGUUGAGUUUAAAUAAUAAGAUCAGGUGUACGCAUCCAUAGGUUUUGUUAUAUCGGAGAAAAAAAUAAUGUUACGACUCUCUGUAUCAUUGUAAUAAAAAGUUGUAUUGCUCUCCUGAAAAAAUAAAAAGUUGAACAGCUA